CAAGGCGGACUAGCAAAGAUGGAGUAAAUAUGGGCGAGUUAAGGCAGUAUGAGAUGUUGCUUAUUUUGUGAACCGGGAAUACUUAACGGAAUUUCAGUGGCGAAGCAAUAGCUGGAUUUAUUUUAGAAAUGGGGACUUUGGUGCAAGUAACUUGGAGGCUUAUUCUUGUAUGCACCUGCGUUUUUGGACAAUUGCGUUACACUGUGAUGGAAGAAGAGGAGCCUGGCACUUCCAUAGGUAAUUUUGCAACCGAUACAUCAUUAGACACAAAAACGCUGCUUCUCAGGAAAUGUCAUAUAGCUUCUUCUACACACGGUCAGUAUUUUGACAUGAACCCAGUGACUGGCAAGCUGCAGAUAAAAGAGCGUAUAGACAGAGAGCAGCUUUGUGGAAUAAACGCUGUGUGUCUUAUGAAUAUUGAAGUAAUGUUAGAAAACCCAAUUGAAGUAUAUCAUGUUGAAAUUAAUAUAUUAGACAUUAAUGAUAACACCCCGAAAUUUGGAAAAAACGAAAUAGUUCUGAAUAUUUCUGAGGCAGCAGUGGCUGGAUCCCGAUUCCGCGUUGAGCGGGCCUCUGAUCCAGACAUUGGUACAAACGCUGUCAAUAUUUACCAGCUUAGCCCAAACAGACAUUUUACUCUAAAAAAUCCUGACCCUAAAAACAGUAAAGAAUUCCCAGAACUUUUACUGGAAAUACCACUUGACAGGGAACACGAGAAAAAGCAUCUGCUAACAAUGACGGCUUAUGAUGGGGGGUACCAACAACAUUCUGCUGUGGCUAAGAUUAUAGUUAACGUCUUAGAUGCCAAUGACAAUCCUCCUGUAUUCAGUCAGAGCCAGUAUGUUGUAACCCUGGAAGAAAAUGCACCAAGAGGGAGUUUAGUCAUUAAAUUAAAUGCCACCGAUUUAGAUGAGGGUACGAACGCUGAAGUAGUUUUCACUUUCACUGAUAGUACCGCACCAGAGACGCAGGAGAUUUUUAGUUUAGAAUCCGCAACUGGUGCAAUCAUUUUGAACGGUCCAGUGGAUUUCGAAGAGGUCAGUAAGUAUGAACUGUAUAUAUGUGCCAUGGACAAAGGACAAAACACAGAAGUUACCUACUGCACAGUAUCAAUAGAGAUUGUCGAUGUAAAUGACAACAGCCCACAAAUUACUGUAAAGUCUGCAUCACAUUCAGUCCCAGAGGAUGCGCCUUUGGGUACUGUAGUCGCCAUUAUUAAUGUUGGAGAUAAAGACGCUGGUGCUAAUGGUCGUGUUAGCUGUAGGGUUUCUGAUAAUCUUCCAUUCCAGCUGAAGCCCUCCCGAAAUAAUUACUACAGUCUUGUAACUAGUGAUCUUUUGGAUCGGGAGCUGGUACCAGAGUAUAAGGUAUCAAUAUGGGCCAGCGAUCAGGGGUCUCCAGUUAGGUCAUCUUAUAAAACUAUUAAUAUCAACGUGGACGAUGUCAAUGAUAACCCACCCAGGUUUUCUAAAACCUCGUACGAGGUUUAUGUCCCUGAAAAUAAUGUUCCAGGGUCCAUAAUCAGUAGCGUAAGUGCUGACGAUUCUGACUUGGGUAAGAAUUCUCAAUUGUCUUAUUCAUUUAUAGGAGACUAUAUAAAGGGUGAUUCACUAUCCACCUAUUUCUCUGUGGGCAUAGAAAAUGGUGCCAUAUAUGCGCUGACUUCUUUGGAUUAUGAGAAAAUCAAAGAGUAUGAGUUUAAGGUACAAGCUCGAGAUGCUGGUGUCCCUCAGCUAAGCGGAUUAGCUACAAUAAAGGUAUAUGUAGUCGAUGCGAAUGAUAAUGCUCCUAAAAUAAUACAUCCAUUCCCUGUGAGAGGUUCAGAAGUGACAAACAGAAUACCCAGAGCUUCAAAUGCAGGAUAUUUAGUAGCCAAAGUGUCUGCUGUUGAUGCUGAUGACGGUCAUAAUGCUUGGCUUGUUUAUCAGCUUCUUAAAUCAGAUGCAUCUCAUCUUUUCAGUAUAUCGAAAUACUCUGGAGAAAUACGAACUACAAGACAAUUUCAAAGUAACGAUUCAUUGGCUUACACUCUUGUGAUCAUGGUUAAAGACAAUGGACGACCAGCAUUGUCAGCCACAACAGCUCUGCACCUGGUCUUGGCAAACAGUGAUCCAGAAGCUCUUCCAAAAGCCAACACACAGCUCGGCAGUCAGGAAGGUGUAUCAGACCUUAAUAUAUAUCUGAUCAUUUGCUUACUGUCAAUAUUUUUUUUGUUAGUCUUACUGGUUUCUGCAACGAUUGCAUUACGGUGCUACAACACUUCAGACAUCGAUUUUCAACUUAAUUUAUGUUGCAGUUGGAGGAAUGAUACAAUUGGCAGAUGCCAGCAGACUAAUAGCUUUGUACCACACCAAUGUCAACAGGGUCUUGAGUCUUACGUGGAAAUACAUGGAAGCAGUUCUGUUUAUAAGGCAGACACUUACCGAAUGUCUGUACCUCGAAGACUGAAAGACGAUUUUAUUGCCAUUGACUUCCCUAGUGGAAAUCAUUCAAAUCCUUGUAUUAAUCAGUUCCAGAAGACAUGCCUUCUUUUUGGCGGUAACAAUGAACCCCUUUCAAGUUCUGAGGUAAGAACAAUAUAG